CAUGCAUGUGGAGCUUCAUAACAGACCGCAUCAAUUCUUCAGUUAACCAGCUGCUUGAAACACCGACGCCCGAAUACAUUUGUAAUAUGGACGAGGAGAAUAAACUUCAGUUUCCAUCCCUGCCUUCGUCUAAAGAGGAUCUCUUGGAUUGGGCCUAUCCUAUGAGACGAGAAAUGCAGGAGAUAUUACCUGGAUUGUUUUUAGGCCCCUACUCAGCUGCAAUGAAAAGCAAGCUGCCAAUCCUUGAGAGACAGGGCGUAACUCAUAUUGUUUGUGUCCGCCAAGACAUUGAAGCCAAUUUUAUUAAGCCUAAUUUCCCACAUACAUUUAGAUACCUUGUCUUAGAUAUUGCUGACAAUCCAGUGGAAAAUAUAAUACGUUUUUUCCCUAUGACUAAAGAAUUUAUUGAUAGCAGUUUGGCAACAGGAGGAAAGGUACUGGUUCACGGUAAUGCAGGAAUAUCAAGAAGUGCUGCCUUAGUGAUUGCAUACCUUAUGGAAACAUUUGGGAUGAAAUACAGGGAUGCUUUCAGCCACGUCCAAGAGAGGAGGUUUUGCAUUAACCCCAACGUGGGCUUCGUGCAUCAGUUACAGGAGUAUGAAGCGAUCUACCUUGCCAAGCUGACCAUCAAAAUGAUGUCACCAAUGCAGCUGGGCAGGUCCUUCUCCCUGCAAGCUGGAGUGCCAGGAAGUCGUAAACGCAGCCUGGAGGAGGACGAGGACUUUGGAGGGAUGCAGGUCACAGCAGCACAGAAUAUUUGAGCUUUGCUGAUACUUAGCCGUGUGGCGCAGUGCACUCUAUUUUUUACAUUUUUAUUGGGAU